AGACAUGCAGUGUUUGCACAUAGCUAUUUACUUACUAGAAGGUUCCAUGUGUAACACAAAGGCUUGCUCUAUGUUCCUUUUAAGUCAAAAGACGUAGGAAGGUGAAGAUGGCGCACCCGCAACCAACGCUAAGUGUCCCGCCCAACUUCGCUAUUGAUCAAGGCUUAGAAUAUUAUGCGGGAAAAACGGAGCUGCUGGGGUGGGUCAACGGGGUACUGGACCUCGGUUUGGUGCGACUUGAGCAGCUAACGUCUGGAGCGGUAUACUGCCAACUUUUAGACGCGUUCCACGCUGACGCGGUGGCUAUCCGCAAAGUAAACUUCUUUGCAUGUGAAGAGUAUGAGAUCAUACCAAACUACAAGGUCCUGCAAGCAGCUUUCACCGUCCUCCGGUACACCAAGGAGCUGGAUGUUGCCAGGCUCUGUCGAGCCUAUGCGUCCGACCAUCUGGAGUUCAUGCAAUGGCUCUACAAAAACUUUAAAGGCGUCAACACCGUCCCCGGCUACAACCCAGCGGCCCGGCGGCAGCUGACCAUGCGGGGCGGCACCAACAACGUCCCGCUGCCUGCCUGCGUCACAAGCGGCUCCUUUGAGUUUGGUCGCUCAGAACGUGGGUCACUGGCCUAUGCCGUGACUCCUACUGACAAGGGAGGGCAGGGCCGCAUGCGGUCUGUUGUGCUGUCACAUGAGCGGUCAAGUGGGACAUGGGCGGUCACACCACAGCCGGAGACUAGCAGGACCAUGCCUCGGACGCAGCGCCCCAGCACCGGCACGCCAGCAACCUCCAGCAGCGGCAAGGCCACCAGCUCCGCCAGACGCAGCACGCCCAACCUCAACGUCAGCAGCCGCUUUCGGGAGGGCUUGGCGAUACCGCCGGAGCAGUACGAGCGCCGCAGCCCGCGACUGAACCAUGGGUCACCGGGAGGUCCCAUUCGCAGGGCGCCGGUGUGCCAUGGCGGCACGCAGACGGACUUUGUGGACGAGGAGUACUCCCCCAUGACGGCCGCUGACGUGGGCACGGAGGUUGCGCCGCCGAGGAAGGAGCGCCGGGACGCUGGCUUGCAGUACGAGGACGCAUUUGGCUAUGAGGGGGCGAGCAGUCCGUCCGGGAGCACUGCCAGCCGGUCCGUCACUUCCGCUAGCCCGCAUGGUCCGCCUGCCGAGAACUUCAGCUUCGGGCGACGGCAGGAGCUGGCGACGACGGGAUCCCUGGGAUCUGCCGUAACAUCCUCGCCUGUGAUGUCGCCCUCAUCGAAAUCCCUGGCGGAGCGAGAUUCCUGGGAAGUAGGGCCAGGGCCGUACAGGGACGCCGCGUUUGAAGCGGCGGCGGCUGAAGUAGAAGCGGAGGCCAGGGCGGCGGCGGCGGCGGAGGCCAGGGCGGUGGAGGAAGCGGAGGCUAGGGCGGCAGAGGAGGCAGCUGCCGCAGCGGCAGAGGCGGAAGCGAGGGCGGCAGAGGAAGAGGAAGCAAGGGUGGCAGCAGAGGCAGAGGCCAUGGCGGCAGCGUUGGAGGCGGAGGCUAGGGCUGCGGAGGAGGCCACAGCUAGAGCUGCGGAGGAGGCCGCAGCAAAGGAAGCGGCGGAGGCAGAGGCCGCAGCUAAGGAAGCAGAGGAGGCUGCAGCUAAGGAAGCAGAGGAGGCGGAGGCUAGGGCGGCAGCGGAGGCCGCAGCAAAGGAAGCGGCGGAGGUGGAGGCCGCAGCUAAGGAAGCGGCGGAAGCGGAGGCUAGGGCUGCGGAGGAGGCCGCAGCUAGGGAAGAGGCGGAGGCAAGGGAAGCGGCGGAGGCGGAGGCAAGGGCGGCAGAGGAGGCGGAAGCAAGGGCGGAAGCGGAGGCGGUGGCUAGGGCUGCGGAGGACGCUGCAGCUAGGGAAGCGGCGGAGGCCGAGGCUAGGGUGGCGGCAGAGGUUGCGGCAAGGGAAGCGGCGGAGGCAAGGGUGGCAGCGGAGGCCGAGGCUAUGGCGGCAGCGGAGGCUGCAGCAAGGGAAGCGGCGGAGGCGGAGGCAAGGGCGGCAGAGGAGGCGGAAGCAAGGGCGGCAGCGGAGGCCGCAGCUAAGGAAGCAGCGGAGGCGGAGGCAAGGGCGGCAGCGGAGGCCGCAGCUAGGGAAGCAGCGGAGGCGGAAGCAAGGGCGGCAGCGGAGGCCGCAGCUAAGGAAGCAGCGGAGGCGGAGGCAAGGGCGGCAGCGGAGGCCGCAGCUAGGGAAGCAGCGGAGGCGGAAGCAAGGGCGGCAGCGGAGGCCGCAGCUAAGGAAGCAGCGGAGGCGGAGGCAAGGGCGGCAGCGGAGGCCGCAGCUAGGGAAGCAGCGGAGGCGGAGGCAAGGGCGGCAGCGGAGGCCGCAGCUAGGGAAGCAGCGGAGGCGGAGGCAAGGGCGGCAGCGGAGGCCGCAGCUAAGGAAGCAGCGGAGGCGGAGGCAAGGGCGGCAGCGGAGGCCGCAGCUAGGGAAGCAGCGGAGGCGGAGGCAAGGGCGGCAGCGGAGGCCGCAGCUAAGGAAGCAGCGGAGGCGGAGGCUAGGGCGGCAGCGGAGGCUGCUGCUAGGGAGGCGGCAGCUAAGGAUGCAAUGGAGGCGGAAGCAAGGGAAGCGGCAGAAGCUGCUGCUAGGGAGGCGGCCGAGGCGGAGGCUAGGGCUGCAGCAGAGGAAGCAGUUAAGGAAGCGGAGGCAGCAGCGGCAAGCACGCCACAGCUGGCGACGGCGUUCGGCUCAGUGCAAGCGGCAGCUGCCCUCGCCGACAUGGUCUUGACUGCCGUGCCUCACGACCAUCGCGACGCACCAGCUGACGACCAGGUCGACCUGCCUGCGCCAUCCAGCGACACCCCACCCACACACCCCGCCGCAGCAACCCCCGCCGCCACCACCCCCGCUGCCGCCGCCGCCGGCAGCGCCCGGCGUUCCCCGGGCAUUGCCAUCGGCAGCGGUGUACCCACCGACGUGGCCUCCCUGCUCACCUCUCCCACCUCUCGCCGGCCUCGCACCAUCUCCGCUUCCUGCCAGCGAAACAUGGGCUCAGCCCUGGAUACCUGCUCCGCUGCGCUACUUGCCGUACAACGCGGCCUGAACUCCUACUCCACCCUGCUCGGCACGCCGCCGCCGGCCCCGGCCCCGGCUACGGAGGCUGCGGGCCCAGCUGACGGCGGCGACGUAACUGCAUCCUCAUCAUCAUCAGCAGCAGCGACUGCUGCGGAGGUGCCUGCCCGCUGCUCGCCUGCACUUUGCGGCAAGGCACGCAGCCUUCAGGACGCGAUCCAGACCCUGCUGGCACAUGCGACGCUGCUGCUGAACGAUGUGCAUGUGUACAGUGAGGUGCCGCAGCCGCCGCGGUCACCCCGCCAGCGCUCGCCGCUGCAAUCGUACGGCAUGGCGGCGGGGGGUGCGACCAGUGCCGGCGGUGCACUGGGCGGCGGCGUUGCGGCAGCGAAUGGCGGUGGGCUGCUGGAUCACAGGGCGAUCAGCGAUCUGAGGGUUGGGAAGGGUGUCACGGAGGGCGGGCAUGGCGGGGGUCCCGGCGGUGCGGCGCGGAACUACCAUACGGAGUCGGCUGGGUUGUUGGAGCAAGCUCGCUCCCUGGAGUCCCGCCUGCAGGCGCUCAUGCACACCGCCGGCCAGGUGCUGCAGCUGCCGGAGGGGUACGUCGCAGGCACGGACGGCGCCGGUGCCCCCAUAGCUGCUGCUGCCGCCUCCUCCACCUCCUCCUCUGCUGCUUCUGGUACUGCUGUAGGGGCGGCGGCCGCAGCGCCCGCCCUGCAGCCCAACCCGCAGCACCUGACGGAGGAGCAGCGGCGGCUGUGCAGCACCAGCCACCUGGACGCGCACGUCAAGGCGGUGGGCAUGGCGCAGUUCGCGCUGGUGCAGGGGAUACACAAGGAGCUCGCCACCGCUACGGCCGCGUACUUUCGGCACUCGGGCAUCCCGCCGCCACCCCACGCUGCCCCUCCUGCCACUACCGGCGCCGGUACCGGCAACGGUGCAGCCGGAUCCGAAGGCGGUCCUGGUCUCGGCCCCUCCUCCUCCUCCUCUCUUGGGCCCAGCAGGGGCAGCGCUGGCUCCGGCGGCGGCGCUGAGGGGGGCGGCGGCGGCUCAAGCGGCGGCGCGCAUGGUGUGAGUGGCAGCAGCAGUCGUAAGGCCCGCGUGUUCAAGCUGGGCGAGUACCAGCUGAAGCAGCUGCGUAAUGGAGAUGUGUACAAGGGUCGCUACGUGAACAACAAGAAGAACGGCGAGGGCGUGUACCACUUCAUCAACGCGGACGUGUACGAGGGGCAGUUCUGCGACGACCGCAUGGAUGGCUACGGAGUGUACACCUUCAGUCACGAGGGGCGCUACGAGGGGCAGUGGCGCAACGCGGUGUAUAACGGCACGGGCGCGGAAACCUUCGCCAAGGGAUCCACCUACCGCGGGGAGUACGCGGGCGGGCUGCGCAACGGCUGGGGCGCCUGUCGCUUCUACAACGGGGACUACUACGAGGGGCAGUGGGCCAAGGGGCUGCGCAACGGCUGCGGCAUGCAGCAGUGCACCGACGACAGCAACUUCGUGGGCGAGUACCUGCGCGGCAAGCGCCACGGCCACGGCGUCUACUCCUUCCCCAACGGCGACCGCUACGAGGGGCAGUACGCGGAGGACCUGCCGCAUGGCCACGGCACCUACCACUUCGCCAGCGGGCAGUGCUACCAGGGGCAGUGGCAGCAGGGCAAGAAGCACGGGUGGAGCCUGUACACGGUGGACAAUGGGAGCCGCUUCAUGGGGUUGUGGUCGGAGGGCAGGCCCACCUGGGUGCAGCCGCUGUCGGAGGAGGUGGCAGCAGCAGCAGCGGCGGCGGGGCAGGGGCAGGUGGCGGGAAGUGGCCCGGGGCAUCAUGCGGAGGACGAGGGGGCGCCGCUGCGACAGGCGCUUGAGGCACGGGACCUAGCCGUCAAGGCGGCCUCCGAGGCUCGCCUGCGCGCCGCGAUGCACUGGGAGCUCCGCGGCUCCGUGCAGGGUCACGUGGGGACCGCCCUGGGUCGUGCACACGGCAGCGCAGCCAUGGCGCAGCAGGCGCGGCGCAAGGCAUGCGACCUGGCCACGCGGCUAGAUGCGGCGGUGUCGCUGCUGCAGACGCAGGGCGCCAGCGCGGCUGGACCCGCCACCGUGACGCCCUAGAGCGGGG